AUGGUGGUAAAUGAAUUUCCUAAUAUUCGAGUAGUUCUCAAUUAUCGUCUAUUUCAGCCCAGAUCUUCAGAAGCAUCUUUGCCACCUGCAUCGAGGGAAAAGCCUCCAGUAUCGGCGCAGACGGGCCCCUCACAAGUCCUGUCUGAGCCUGCUUAUAAAGGUGCCUGGGGUUCUCCCUCGCCCACACAAGCACAAGGUUAUCCUCACAAUGCAAUCGGAGGGAUGACGAAAUCCUCGUUAGAUGCUCACACACAUCCUCAUAUACGAAACAUGCAAGAUCCCUAUCAGAUGUUUGGUCCAACAAGCAGUCGGCUAGCAACUUCAGGAAGCGGACAGAUCCAGCUGUGGCAAUUCCUUUUGGAGCUUCUAUCAGACAGCAGCAAUGCUAAUUGUAUAACGUGGGAAGGCACUAACGGCGAAUUCAAACUAACCGAUCCCGACGAGGUUGCCAGGCGUUGGGGCGAGCGAAAGAGCAAGCCCAAUAUGAAUUACGACAAACUCAGUCGAGCCUUGCGUUAUUACUAUGAUAAGAAUAUCAUGACCAAGGUGCACGGAAAACGAUACGCCUACAAGUUUGACUUCCAGGGACUCGCCCAGGCAACUCAACCUACUGCAGCCGAUCCUACUUAUAAAUACCAGUCGGAUCUUUUCAUGUCCGGUUACCAUCACAGCCCCAAACUGAACUUCGUAGGCCAUCACACGGGUAUACCGUCGACAACGGGUAGCAUAUUCCCUGCCCCCACCUCAUACUGGACCAAUCCGAGUGCCAAUCUGUAUUCGAACAUUGCGGCGGCAUCCACUCACACGAUGCCACACCAUCCAGGACAUGUGACAUCACACAUUGGGUCGUACCCCCACUAUGCAUGACGACGAAGCCAGGACCUAGCUGUGGUGCCAGAGUGGAUGCAGUCAGAAUGGGCGCCAAGUCCCUUGGUGAAACCCGAGCUGUACUUGCCAGAGAGCACUUAAAGAGUUCAGUACUACGGUGGUCCAUUGUGUAAGAAUGACUAUUUUUUUGAGUUUUUUUAAAAAUGAUGUUCAACUUGCCGCUCAAACUAUUGCAUCAGCAAAGCCUGAUACUAUCAAUAUCAAAAUUAGAGGUGACUGCAUUUUACAUUCCGAAAGACUAAUCGGUCAUAAAAUAUACAUAUGCUGUACAGAUCAAUUAAGAUAGAUUCGAAGCACACAAAUGUAGUAGUGAUAAGAGACACUAACUCUGGAGAAACUGGACUACUGAGUGUUAACAGAAUCAACAAAUGGUUCAUUGGAUUUCAUCUUGGCUAAAUAUCUUCAAAAUGACUUUAAUUCCAUUUUACAAAGGAAUCAGUUCAACUCGAGGCUAAAACAUUCUUUUAUUUCAAUUCGUUCUAAACUUCGUUAGGCCAUUAGACCUUUAAACACUCUUACAUCUGCCAAAUAUCUUAUAAUAGGGAACAAUUUACAGUUUUCUUUUGACAGGUUUCUCGUCUUCAGAACAGCGAAAAGUUUCUACUACCUCAUAUCGAACACUGUUACUCUAAAUAUCGGUGUUUCUUAUUCCCCUUAAACUGUCCAAAAAUAUUUCAUAAUGCAUGUCGAAAUCAUCAAUCACUAUUAUUUAAUAUACAGUUUUUUCCCCCUAAAUUCACGCGAACCUGUUCAAGACAGUUAUAUUAACUGCUUUUCAGCUAAUAUGACAUAAAAAAACAGGUUGCAAUUAAUGAUGAAAUCUAUAUUCAAAAAAUUCCAUUUAAUUAUCACCAUUGGUUAUUAAAAUAUUUAGAAACGUCAGAUUCUUAAUCAAGAGACUACAUCAAGAUUUAAUCCUUCCAAUCACUUGUUGGAUUCGGUUUACAAAGACUGAGACAUCCCUUGAUUCAUUUAGAUUCUCAAAAACUUUUGAGGCUCCCGAUAACUACAACGAUGAAAAACUGCAAUACACUUUGUGCGCUAUGGCUGUACCGAGUGAAUACCUUUCCUGUACAAAGAUUAAAGUCUAUGAAAAUGGAUAUUAGAGGUGUCGGUGUUAGCCAUGAAGCCAAUAAUAUAAAAUCCCUAGAAAGUAAUAUGAAUCUGUAUCGAAAUAUUUGCAUCUUGUUCAAAAAAUUGUAAGAAAAUGAACAGGGUGGAGAGACUUGUAUAAUUUAAAUUGUAUCAGACUUUAUUAGAAUUUAAAAUGUUAUAUUUUACCUAUUUUAUAUGUUUUUUUAUUUACAUAUCAUUUUUAAGUCUUCAUGUUCAAAGCAAAUAAUGUUUUAUGUCAAUAUUUCAUUAUUUAUUCAAUUUGUUGAAAUAUUGUUUUAUUAUUAUUAUUUUAUUUGUUUGUUUCCGUUGCAAUUUAGCGAAAAUUUCUUAGGAAUGCCAUUAUUAAAUGCGAUUUUUUUUUAUAAGUACAUUUCUGAGCACCGAAAGGAAGCAAUUUAUAACAUAGUCACUUAUUUUUCAACAAACGGUUCUUAUUGUAUUCAAAAUCAUCAUAAUAUGCUUACACAGAUUGCAAUAUACCUUUAUAAUUUUUUAAUUUGUGCUUCAUAUUACUGUGCAUUUACAUUUAAUGAGCAUUUAAACCUAAUUAAUUAUUUUACCAUGUAAAUAAAAUUUACGAAAUACUAAAUGACAGGACAGAAUUGAUUCGAUAAUUUUACAAUUCAGAAUCAUUUUGGUAGCAACAUUUCAAUAUAAAAAAUUAAUACAACAAAAUGAUAGUAUAAAUUAAAAAAACAAUGUUGCUCCAUAGAGCUUCGACGGAAUGAAUGAAUAGGAAAAUGCCCUGCUUCAUUCUGCUGAAUUGAAAGAUAUAUUUUGCCUAUAAGAAAUACAAGCUUAAGAACAAUAUUUCUGCUGAAUUGAAAGAUAUGUUUUGCCUACAAGAAAUCCAAGCUUAAGAACAAUAAUCUCAUGGCAAAUGUAACAUUAACAAAUCGAAAAAGAAUAUACCAAAUACGAAAUUCAAACCUAUUUUCUUAAUAUGAACUAAAUUUUAAUGAAUAUAAAAUUUUUAUUUUUACAAGAAAGCUUGCGUGUUUUAUAAGAAAAAAUAUAAAGAUAUUGGCUUAACGAACAUGAAUAAAAGAAAUUGUUCCAAAUACAAUUAUGGCAUUUCUAAGUGAAUUUUCUGCAAGGAUGAUCUAGUCAUGAAUUUUCCUUUUAUUCUUUAGAAAAGAGUUUUGCUUCUGGUCAUCAAAACUAAA